AUGACCUCCAUAAACCUUUAUAAUAACUUGUUGAUACUGACCAUUCUCUUACUGACGAUGCUACUAAAAAAGCCUUGCAGGACAUUGACUCCAAGAUUGUCCAGCUUGGUCACCUUGCUGGGUGACAGUGUUAAGAAAGCCGUUGAGAAUGCUAUUAUCGCCCAAAUUAACAGUAAUGAAGAGCUUAUAAAGCUUUACUCUUCUCUUGUUACUAACCUUUCUGUGUCUGUCAACCCUGCUGGCCAGACUGAUGACACCGCUGUAAUUGGUCCACUUCAAGUUGAAGUGUCUAAAAAAAUUGCUGAAAUUACUGACCAAAUUACGCAACUUGAACAGCAAAAUAAGCUUAAUAAUCACUCUCUUCCUUCCCCCUCUCCCUCUGCUGAGCUAGCCAAAUUGCAUUCCAAGUUGGAGGCUUUGAAGGAAGUGGAGAAGCUUUGUGGAUUUUUGACUAAUUCUAAUAAGCAGCAAAAUAACCCUACUAAUAAUAUUUUAACGCAUUUAUGUGACGGCCUCGAAACUUUCCUCGGCUUCUCCUCUGACUCCAAAGGCUACACUGGCUCUGGGAUUGUCUACUCCGACCUGGACAGGCUGUGUGACGGGGUGAUGGGAUUUUUGAAUGGUGUGCUCAGUAACAUCCACAAGCAUUUAGGGCAGCAUAAAAGUACUUUAGAUAGUGCAAUUAACAUCCUUAACACCAAUAAACAGCUUGGUAAAAACGGUUUUAAUGCUGCGAUUGGAGAGGUGGUCGCAGGGGUGCGGGGGUAUAAUGAUGCUGUCAUGAAGUCUAAUAAAAAGGUGAGUGAUGUAUUAACAAAAAUGCAGAAAGAUGCAGAUAAAUAUUCAGCAGAAAGAUUAGAAAAAUUGUUGCCUCCACGAAAUGCGGAUGACCCCGUGAAAAUUGGUAAUCUCAUCGAAGCCGCCAAUGAGACAGUGGCAGAAUGUCUAAAAAAAGCCGACGAAUUUAAUACAGCUUUAGAUAUGAAAAAUAAUGCGGAGGAACUAAGAAACGCAAUGAAAGACUUAAAUCCUAAUUUGAUAACUAAAAUAGAGAAUGUGCGUGAAAAUAUUAAGCAUGAGAGUAAACGAUUGAACAAGUUGGCAGAACAUGAAAAGAAUGAUUUACACAGUAUGGAAGCAGAAAUUAAAACAAAGCUUCACGACGUUAAAUGUAAGGUAAAUGAGCAUAUUAAAAAAAAAGUGAAAGAUCUUGUCGAGAGGCUGAAAGAUAGGGUUCGUGAAAUGCAGACUAAACUGGUGGACAUAAAUGUCGACUUAACUAAGCAUCUCGAGAAGUUAGAGAAGUGGAUGAAAGAUGUUAAAAAGUUCAUAGAUGAACACCCGCGGGUUAAUGCGCAGAAAAUAUUGGAGGAAAUCAAGUGGGACAACGGCGGUGACACCAAUGUCAAACGCAACAAAAUUGACAACGCUGCAAGAGAGUUGAGGAUGAAAGCGGAGGAGCUUUUUAGAGCUGGAGAGGCGGCAAAAAAAACUGUUCAGGAGAAAGUUAGCUUGGCGCUUACGCAGGUGAUAACGAUGAAUGAUGCGCUUAAGCAAGAUUUGUGGAAGGUUAAAGCUAACAUAAAAAAAGCAGUUGUGGCAUUAGGUAAGACGUUGGAAACAAAUGUGAAACAGGAUUUGACGACGUUGAAGGGAAAGAUUAAAAGUGGCUUGCAUCCCAUUGUAGGUGGUGUAGAAACGUUUUCUAAACAAUUUGCUGCCACUAAGCAAGCUAUCGAUGGAGCAAUUCAGGCACUUCAUGGUGACGUUGGAAGACUUAAAGAGCUGGAAAAUGUUGGCACAGCCGACAUGAAAUUUAUUCACGCAUUUAGGGGUAACAACGAUCCUUUUCAAAAGCUCAAAGUAUAUUUCAAGAUACUGGACGAAGAAGUCAUGUCGAAACUUCAGACGGGUAUUACGAAGAUAGGUGAACAGAUGUUAGAAAGACUUGCAUCGUAUGCAGGCGGGAAUAACCUACAAGAUGAACUUAGAAAAUCACCGAUUAAGGAUGGAAUCGCUGAGGCGCUCAAAUCACUAUCCACUGUUAACACACUCGAUAAGCUACCCGAUCUUACUGAGGUAAAAACACUACUGGGGAACAUCUUAUUCGACGAUUUUAAAAAGGAGUCAAACGGGCGUUUUCUCAAAUAG